UUUCUCUUCUCAAUUUCUUCUUCUUCUCAUUUUAAAAUUCGAAAUUACUCUAUUUUUAUUCAUCAUGAAUCCUUCCGGCUCCGGCUUCGUUCCCGACAAUCUCGCCCCGAGCGACGCCGCGAUGUGGUUCUACCAAGAGUGGGGCGAUCGACCGCCGAUAUUCGAGACACAACAAUCCGGGUACGUCGACCGAGAUUCGGUUCCGGAGACUCAACCGGAACCGUCCAGAUCGAAAAAAAGUACACGCUGGAGGAGCCACAAAGCCAAAACCACGUUGACCGAGGCGGCACGGUCAAUCCAAAAGUGGACGCCGGAGGAGGAGUGCAUAUUGGCGUCGGCUUGGGUUGAUGUCUCCGAGCAUCCUAUCGUUGGUAAUGAGCAAACGAUCAAUGCGAUGUGGGAUCGUAUCGAGGAGAAGUUCUUCACGGCGAUGAAGAAGGACGGCUCCUACCGAACCCGUGACCAACUCACUUCCAAAUGGGGCCACAUCAACAAAAAAGUCCGAAAGUUUAUGGGAGUAUACGAGGAAUGCUCCCGAACCCGGAGGAGCGGCACGAACGAUGCCGAUGUUCUCCGACUUGCCACGACCCGGUAUCAAGACGACGGGAACCAAGGCAAGCAGAUCAAUGCAACUUCCACUCAGGUGCAAGCCACCAUUGAAGGUACCAGCAUCCCCAUGGUUGCUACCCUGUCAGCCGUUUAUGCUCCGGUUUUGCCAAUGGGUCUGAGCUCGGUCCCAACACCCAACAUGGUCAGCCCAUUCACGGCCCCCGUCCCUUCCGCUGGGCCGAGGGUCACUUUCCCACCAAGCAUGACUCAGUUCAUGAAUGACCCCGCCAACCUGCAGGCCAUCCAGGGCUUUGGCCAGGUCAUGGCUAUGUGCCAACAGAAUGGGGGGAUGCCUUUCCUCCCUGGUAUGUUCCCGUUCGCUCUCCCGGGUGCGGGAACCAUGCCCCUACAAGCUCUAAUGGCGGUGUCUCCCUUCCAAACGCCAGUGCCGCAACCAUCACCUUUCCAGCCGCAGCUAGUCAGCGCUGUGGCCCCCAUCAACUUGACUGGUGCGCUUAACGCCGCAGGGCCAUCGCGUCCCCCGCAAGGUACGAAUCCGCUAAUCACUCCGGAUGGUCACAGCGUCUCGGUUGAAAGCGGAGACGACGAGUGGGACAUUCCAAGGACCCACAAGAAAAAGAAGGGAAAGACUAUCCGCCCAGCAACUUCCCGAAUUUCCGCCUUCAAAAGGCUGGGGGAAAGGGAAGAGGGCCAGAGAAAAUCAGCCAAGCUAAGGCUGGGGCAAAGCGUUGCCCAUGUCAGCGCAUUCGCCCGGUUAGGCGAGAUGAGGGAGGCCGAGCCUGCCCGCACCCAACGCUCCCGGUCAAACCGGUGGGAACCAGCAAGGACGAGGGCCUCUCGUCAAGAAGAGGAAGCAGAAAGCCAGCCUAGGGUACCGGUGGCUAACCGGUUAACUAUCCCCAAUGACCGCGUCCAACAGAUGGAGGCAAAGUUGGAGAGGCUUGAGAAGAAGGUCGGGGAGAAAAGUGACCGGGACAAACCCCUUGCCGGGUCCCCGUUCACCACGAGAGUCCAUUUGACGCCUUUCCCGCGAAAGGUCAAGAUAGACGCCCUGAGAUUUACCGGAAGCAUUGACUCAUUCAGUGACUUGGCCUCAAAAUUUAAGGCCAAGUUCCAGGAGAACUGUACUAAGAGGAAUAAAUUCACCUAUCUUAGUACGGCAGGGCAGAGGGAAUCUGAAAACCUCACUCAGUUCCUUACCCGGUGGAAGGAGGAGGUAGACAAGGUUGAGGAGAUGGACGACAAGACAGUGUUGUCCCUUCUCUUGAAUGGCUUACGUGGCGGGGAACUAUACAAGGAGUUCUGCCGAAAACCCCCGGCCACGUAUCAGGAGGCCUAUCACACAGCAUGGGAGUUUGCUGAGGCUGAAACUCAACUCCGGGCGAGGAAGGAAGCCGAGCAUGGUUACAAGCCCAAGCCGGUGCAAGUCAAGAAGGAAGAAGCACCGGUAACCAGCCGGCCAAGGCACCAUUAUGACCCGGUCGUCCGCGUGGUCAACACGGAAGAGUGCCAGGAGGUAAGGAAAGCACCGGUCAUUCCUCCGGAAAUCCCUACCGGUCAAACUGGGCGUCAGUGGUCGGGCACCUAUUGUUCGUACCACAGGUCAGAUUCCCAUAACACUUCCGAAUGCAAGAGUGUUAAGGGAGUAAUCCGGCAGAUGAUAGACAGCGGGGAACUGGGCAAGGAUUACCUGCAGAAAGCCCAAGAGAAGAACCACCAGUGGGUUAGGCCAGCAACCCAAGGGAAUGACCGGGACAAUGACCGGCGGAGGAACAACCGGCAGAGGGAGCAACAGCCUCCCCUUGACAAAGAGCACAUUGGGAUGAUCUUCGGCGGGCCUGAAGGCGGAGAUUCAGCCGCGCAGCGGAAAAAUUGGGUUCGCAGCAUUUACGUGGGCGAAGUAAGUGCUGAACGAGCCAGGCGUAAGUAUCCCAGGAGGGAGCCAAUAGUCUUCACUGACCGGGACCUCCCUCCUACCGGUGAAGAUCACAAUGAUCCAUUGGUCGUCACCAUGGACAUCAAUGGGGUGGAUGUCGCCCGGGUACUUGUUGACACCGGCAGCAGUGUCAACAUCCUCUACCUGGAGACCUUCCAGAAACUCAGGUUGUGUCGGACGCAACUUGAACCCCUCAAAACCCCUCUCUCAGGCUUCACGGGAGACACGGUGGAAGCUGAAGGGUCCAUAGUUCUACCGGUCGAACUAGGAUCGGGCGAAAAGACCGUGUGGAAGAGAAUGCGGUUCAUUGUUGUGGACAUCAAAUGCGUCCACAACGCUAUCCUGGGGAGGCCGGGCAUCAACAAGGUUGGGGCGGUGAUUUCCAUGCCUCAUCUAUGCAUGAAGUUUCACACUCCAGGCGGUGUGGGAGAAGUGAGGGGCGACCAGAGGAACGCCCGGGAGUGCUAUGCCCGAGCGGUCAAGAAGAUGACCAUGAUGGUCAGAAUUGGAGCAAACCUCCCCAAAGAUCUCAAGGCGGAGAUUACACGGGUCCUCCAAGAAUACGCGGGCAUAUUCGCAUGGAGCGUGGCGGAUAUGCCCGGGAUAGACCGCUCAAUCAUCUGUCACCGGCUGGCAGUGAGGGAUGGAAGUCGACCGGUGCGCCAGAAGAAGAGGUACCUGGCCAGUGACCGGCGAGACUUCGUCAAGAAAGAGGUAUCCCUCAACCACCCGGCCGAUAUGCGUGCCACAUUUGAUAUCAUGGCAAGAUACAACCUCCGGUUAAAUCCCAAGAAAUGCGUCUUCGCGGUUUGUACCGGGAAGUUCUUGGGAUUCAUGGUGACCAAGAGAGGAAUAGAGCCCAACCCAGAAAAAAUCCGGGCUAUCACUGAAAUGCAGGCCCCCACAUCUGUGAGGGAUGUCCAAAAGUUGACCGGUCGUCUAGCGGCACUCAGCCGGUUCCUUUCCCGGUCAGCUGAGAGGUCCCUGCCUUUCUUCAAAGUCCUGAAGAAGGCCAACACUUUUGCAUGGGACGAAGAGUGCCAGAGGGCGUUCGAGGAGUUGAAAGAGUACCUAGUGUCGGAUAUUGUAUUGUCUAAACCCCAGCCGGGUGAAACUCUAACGUUUCCGCGCAAAAAACUGGUCUUUUGGGCAACACCUCUAUUCACCCCCCCUCUAGAGGUGUGCGAGGCGUCUAACAAUCUGUACCUGGGAAUUUCCCCAAAUGCUGUAAGCUCUGUUUUAAUAAGAGAUGAUGGGGCGCAAAAGCCUAUUUAUUAUGUGAGCAAAGCACUAAAUGGAGCAGAAAGUAGAUACACGGCGAUGGAAAAGACAGCCUACGCAGUUUUCAUCUCCGCAAAAAAGUUAACAUCCUACUUCCAAGCUCACCCGAUAGAAGUCUUGACUGACCAACCGCUGGGUGCAGUCUUGCGAAAUUCAACAUCUUCCGGGAGGAUGGUGAAAUGGGCGAUGAUGUUAACUCAAUUCAACAUUGAGUACCGGCCGAGAUCAGCAAUCAAAGGGCAAGCCCUUGCGGACUUCCUUGUGGAAAUGACCGGUGUAACUCCAGAUGCACCGGUCGACAAGCCUACCGAGCAGUGGUGGGAGAUGGCAGUAGACGGGGCGUCCGGUCCUAAAGGUUACGGGGGUGGUAUAGUUUUUACCACCCCGGAAGGGUUCAAGAUUUACCAUGCAAUCAUCUUCAACUUCAAGCUCACAAACAACGAGGCAGAAUACGAAGCUCUAGCUGGAGGGCUCAGACUUGCCCAAGCCCUGAAGAUUAACCGGGUUAGUAUAAAAUCUGAUUCCAGUUUGAUCGUUGGGCAAGUGACCGGCAACAUGGAAGCCAGAGAAGGGCGAAUGGCGCAAUACAAGGACCUAGUACUUGCCUUGUUGAAAGGUUUCGACGAAUUCAAGAUCGCCCAAAUCCCCCGGGCAGAGAACGCGGAUGCCGACCUUCUCUCCAAACUGACGCAGUAUGCCCCCGAGCAUGUCUCAAAACUUGCACGAGUGGAGAUUCUUGAUCAUGCCAGCAUCGAGAAGUUUGAAGUUGCCGCUAUAGCAGGUGGAAGCUGUUGGAGUUGUGCCCUGAUGGCCAACUGUUUAUCAUUAUUCUAUCAUGUAUUGGCAGAUAUAAUAUGUUUACACAUCUCAUGCUAAUGUAAACAAAUAUUAUAUUCCUAGAUUUAUAUUUAAAAGAUGUUUAUCAGAUAAUGUUAUUCUGCUGAUGAGACUAACAUCUUGAAAUAAAUAUUUAUCUAAAUGUCCAUAGUCGAGUAUUAACGAGAGUGGGAUAUCGUUAAUGCAUGUGAGACUAGUGUGUGUUGGAUGUUUGACUUAGUCUCAUAGUCAAUGACGGUGUGUUCGCAUCCGCACAUGGGCAGAUAUUAUCUAGAGAUAAUAGGAUGCCGGACUGACCCAUCCUA